AGUGAGGAUCCACCACCAACCUCACCGACACCUUCACCAUCUCCUUCUGCAGUUAGCGAUACAUCCAAAGCAGGCUCAGACAUGGUGUUGAACACUGAGUGGGCCCAAGUAGAAGUUAUUGAUUUAAUAAACGAUGGUUCUGGCUUGGGUUUUGGAAUAAUUGGUGGCCGAAGUACAGGUGUCGUAGUUAAGACUAUCCUUCCAGGGGGAGUAGCCGAUCGAGAUGGUCGAUUACAAAGUGGAGAUCACAUUCUUCAAAUUGGAGAUGUUAACCUGAGAGGAAUGGGUUCAGAACAAGUUGCAGCAGUUCUCCGUCAAUCAGGAAGUCAUGUGCGUUUGGUCGUCGCUCGCCCUGUGGAACCUACAUCGCCUGAUUAUCAAGCACUUGGUUCACACGCUCCGAUAGUACCCACAAAAAUUUUGGCCGACCCUGAAGAAUUAGACAGACAUCUUAUUCAAAACGGCUAUCCCCAAGUAACAUACAACCUUGCAACGCCAAAUAAUGAUUCAUAUGAAAAUCCUUUUAUGUUUCAUCAAGAUGCCGAUUUAGAACUUAUGGAAAGGGAUCCAAGGCUCGUAGUUGAUGUUGUACCCUUGACACCGGCAUUACCUUUGCCAUUCCUCACGAUGGAUAUGUUACCAUUAGACACCCAACUCCCUGAAAUGGAAAGGUUUACAGUUGAACUAAAGAAAGAUAUCCAUGGUUUAGGCAUCACCAUUGCUGGUUAUGUCUGCGAAAAAGAGGAGCUAUCUGGGAUAUUCGUUAAAAGCAUUAGUAGUGGAAGUGCUGCAGAUGUGUGCAAGAAAAUCCAAGUCAACGAUAGGAUUGUGGAGGUCGAUGGGCAAUCUCUACAAGGUUACACUAAUCAUGAUGCCGUUGAAGUUUUGAGAUCAACUGGAGGCACAGUCCGCUUAUCUUUAGAGAGAUAUCUCCGUGGACCUAAAUUUGAACAACUUCAGCAGGCGAUUGCUAACAGCGAAUUGAAACCACCUACACCAUCUUCCCCUUCUGCCGUCUCUCUCCCAAGAUUUCCUGUGAGUGCUGAUGGUGAAGACACGACAGAAAUUGAGGUUGAAGGAGAAUCGGUAACGACAGUUGAUUCAAUGUACAUCAAUGAGGCUAGUAAUCCAGAUGUAGAAUUAGAUGAUGUUGAGCUUUUAAUUGACACCGACUAUGAAGGGCCGCUGAAAACUUCUGUAGAAGAAGCUAUAAAAACCAAGUGGUCUAAAAUAAUGGGACCAGAUGUUGAGAUUGUCGUGGGCCAAUUAAAAAAGUUCGGGGAAGGAGGAGGGCUGGGGAUCAGCCUAGAAGGAACUGUCGAUGUCGAGGAUGGCCAGGAAGUACGACCGCAUCACUACAUUAGAUCAAUUUUAGGAGAAGGACCAGUUGGUCAAAAUGGAAAAUUACAAUCUGGUGAUGAACUUUUGGAAGUGAACGGUCAUCGACUUCUUGGAAUGAAUCAUAUAGAAGUGGUUACAAUUUUGAAAGAAUUACCGUUAGCAGUCCGUAUGGUUUGUGCAAGACGAACUGGAGAAGGUGCAGCUCUACGUUUAAUUGAUACAUCCCAAGAUAGAGCUGCUUUUGCUGCAAGAAGCUUACUAGGAGGAAGUCUUCAAAACCUACUUCCGGCCAUGGAAAGACUCGUAAAGGCAAAAUCAGAUGGAUCUUUGGCUUCGACAACAACACCAACGACUGAGCCAAGCCUUUCCAAACUUCGCUCACGUUCCCUCGAACCGAUAACAGGUUUAGCUAUGUGGAGCUCUGAACCUCACAUUAUCGAGCUUGUUAAAGGAGAAAGGGGCCUUGGAUUUUCUAUCCUUGAUUACCAGGACCCAAUGAACCCCAGUGAGACAGUGAUUGUCAUACGUUCUUUGGUUCCUGGUGGAGUUGCUCAACUGGACGGCCGGUUAAUACCGGGAGAUCGCCUUCUGUCUGUCAAUUCGGUAGCGCUAGACAACGCUUCGCUGGACCAAGCGGUCCAGGCUUUAAAGGGUGCGCCCAAAGGGAUCGUUCGAAUAGCCGUUGCUAAACCGCUGCCCAUUCCGGACUCCGUUUCUAAUAGUCAGGAUGCUGAACUUGAAUUGAGUCAGGAUACGCCUACUCUUGACGAUCAUUCAAUGUACAGUUGUUCAGGGUCUAUCCACUCUGAACCGGAAGAUGAUCGAGAAAUUUUAGACAUGGAGAAUCUGGUGAUAGACGAGCUUCCACUAGAGGAAGAAGAAGAAGAAGAGCAUAUGAUUGUUGGCCCAGUAUGUGAGCGAUUGCUGGAAAAAGGCGAAAAAGAUGAAAUAGUAAAUAUUGAACAAAAAGUGCCUUUUGUGCCCUUACCUGUCACAUUAGAAUCAGAAGUCAAAAUUCACAAAGCUUCUGACCAAUUAGGUAUUAAUCUUGAAAUUGUCAACGAUGGUUUAAACGGCAUGGUUGUGACUGAAAUAAUUCCCAAUGGCGCGUUGGCAAAAGAUGGUCGCGUUUCUGUUGGAGAUUUCAUUACAACCAUCAAUAAUGAGUCUUUGCGACAUGUGACACAAGCUCAGGCGAAAUCAAUACUCAACCGAGUACAACUUCUCACAUCAGAUAUUAGUUUACGAUAUAUAGCGAAGAAGACUGCGGCUGAGUAUAUAAGGACCUGUCCGCCACAACAGACUAAAUACACCAUUCAACCGAGUCCAAGGAUAUUCCCAGAGUAUUACAGGUCUCCAUUCAUCGAGCCUGAGCUGACUGCAGCAGCAGAAAUACAUACGAAAAGUAGAUCUCCCAUCUACAGUCCGUUAGGUUGUGAAUCUGCAAGUGAUCGGGAAAGUGAAUAUGUUGACUGUGAUUGGAUUGAUGAUCGGAUGACUGGUGUUUGUUCCCCAUUGACUUCAAAAGAAAUAGAAGGCAAACCGCCUGAAACUUUUUUCUCGUCGUCUAGAAAAUUAAGUGCUAGUUCGUGUGAAAUUGAAUAUAUUAGUCAAGUGAUAUCGGGUGAUGAGAUAAGUGAACCUAAAAAACCUAAACCAGCUGAAAGUUAUAGCAAUAAAGCCAUUGUGUUAAAAAUAGAUAAAAAUAGUUUGUCUAUCAGUGACGAUACUCUUGACUUUGUAAAAGAAUUAGAUAAUGUUCAAAGACCUUCUGUGAAUACUUCGAUUUUUUCUAGAGAACGUUCAUUAGAAUCAUUACAUAGUUGUAAAGUUCAUGUUCAAAAUGUUAGAGAAUUGAGCAAAGGUCUUAGCGAACCAAUUCUAAAUAGUGAUAAGAAAAAAAGUGAACAUUUUAGGACAAGAAGAGAACUUUCUAGAAAAGGAACAAUGACUGUGACAAAAACAAGUUCAGCUAUUCUACUCGCAAACCACUGGGGCCCUCAACGAGCUGUUCAUAUUGACAGGGAGCCUAAAAGCAGCCUUGGAAUCAGCAUAGUUGGAGGAAAGGUCGAUCUUUAUAACUCAGGUCCAGACAGCUCUUCAGCUAUCUCAGGAAUAUUUAUAAAAAAUGUACUCCCUAACAGUCCAGCUGGACGCACUGGAGAACUCAAGACUGGAGAUCGCAUCCUGGAAGUUGAUGGAAUAGACCUCAGGCAUGCAAGUCAUGAACGAGCAGUUGAGGUUAUUCGUGCUUCAGGCAAUCCAGUAAAAUUUCUAGUACAGUCUCUUGUACAAUGGGGUGCUGAUGACUCUGCAAGUGAGAGUAGUUCAACAAAGGACGUGGAUGACAAGCUUAAAGCCUUAUCAUAUUCUGAAAUUUGCCAAGGCGAUACCAGUACUAGUGAAAUAAAUAUAAGUAAUGAAGAAACAUUGAAUGAUGUUGUCGAUAUUAAAGUAUCAACUGAAUCAGACCCGCCAGUGAAAGACACUUUAGACAUAUCAACUUCAAGUCCUCCUAAAUUUGUUAGCCAAGUGCCUGAGAUUGUUGUACCCAAACCUGAUCACAUUAGUUCAAGCGAGAGUGAAGAAAGCGAAGAUGAUGAAUAUCAAGAUAUGGAAGGAAAAAUCCGCACAGCUGCUGGAAUGGAGAUAUCAAGAGCAAGUGCUGGAAAUGUGAAGCGAAGCAAAGAGGAAGCAUCUAAAGACCCAGAAAAAGAAGACAUCUUCGGAUACACCACAAGUAAGUCCUUCCAUUAUGGUUCAGUAGAAGGUAAGAGUUUACAACAUUGACUAUACGAUUACCGUGCAUAGAAAUAUCAUAGUUACCUUCGAAGCAAUUUUUAUGUACACAUAAAACUGGCGAGUUUAAAACAAUUUU